AAAAUAAAACCCUAAACUCUACCAUUCCCCGCCACCCACCUUCGCCUGUUGAUUUCCAGCUGCAGAGAGAGAGAGAGAGAGAGAGAGAUGGGAAGUGAUAGCGAAACAGAGAGAUCAAACAUAAAAGAGAAGAAGAAGAUAACAAGCCUGGCUCCCAUUGCCAAACCCUUAGCUGGCAAAAAACUCUGCAAGCGAACUCUCAAGCUCGUUCGUAAAGCAUCCGAAUCAAAAUGCUUGAAGAGAGGAGUGAAGGAAGUAGUGAAGAGCAUUCGUCGUGGCCAUAAAGGAUUAUGCAUAAUUGCUGGAAACAUUUCACCAAUCGAUGUCAUUACUCAUGUUCCCAUCUUAUGUGAAGAGUCUGACAUUCCUUAUGUUUAUGUUACUUCUAAAGAAGACCUCGCUAGUGCUGGCGCCACCAAAAGGCCUACUUGUUGUGUUCUAGUGUUAACCAAGCCUACCAAGGGGGAGAUAGGCAAGGAGGAUCAAGAAAAAUUGAAGGCAGAUUAUGAUCAAGUUGUUUCUGAUGUAUCUGAACUUACUUCCUCACUUUUUUGAAAGACAAACGCAGCUGUGGUGUGUUUUCUUUUGCUAACUAAUGCUACCAGUACACUCGCUUUCGUGGUUUCUAUUUCUUAUGGUCUGAUUAAAUUUACUUGCCUUUGAAAUGGGACAAGAAUCUAUUGCUGUUUUUUUCUUUGAUAUGGAGUAGAAUCCUAUUUAGCUGA